GGGUGAUAAAAGUUGAAAGAAGUUUUCGGAAACCAGUGGAAGAAAGUGAUUUUGCGUCUAGUUUGAAGAGUAUUUGGUGAUCAGUCUUAUUUGCUUAUAGUGAGUCAAACUGUAUGAGACACCAACUCUAUAGGAGAGCCUCUCACUGCCUACUGCUGACAGAUAUUUCAACUAUUUACCACAAUAUCAGCUUGGAUCACACAAAGCUAUAAGAGGAUAUCUGAGCCCUUUUGUACUGUCAGAAGUUUUCAAUUCAUAUUAGGGAGUAUUUCGAAGGAAGUUUGAGUUAUAUUGGAGUGUACUUUGAAAAUUGGAACACUAUAUUGGAUUACCACUGUGGAGAGCUAAAAAUAUAGAGGUUUAACAUUAAGCUAUUGAAGAAAGAAAACCAAUGUCACACUGACUUCAGUCAUAAUACAGAGGACAACAAUAGAAAUAUCAUAUUGCACAAUUCCGGGUUAGCAAUACAGCGCAGACAUUCAUAAUUUCAAGCAUAAUCCAGCCAGCAUAAUACACAAUGGGAAAUAAGAGUGGAAAGUUCGACCCGCAAAAGGCUGCAGCCGCAGAGAAAAAUGGUGCCAAUGGCAACGGAACCUCCAAGAAGAAGGACAAGAAAAAGAACAAGAACGAAGAAGUAGCCACUCCCGUCGUUGUAACCCCUAUAGAUGGAGUUAGUGAACCUUCUACUAAAGAGCCGGAAAAACCGGCAGAAUCUCCGCCGGAGAAUGCCAAGGAUAAAUCAGUUGAUAAGGCCAACGAAGCCGAAGAGGAAUACACAAUAGACGAUAUCACCCAGGAACUUGACGAAGAAGAAGUAGCAAAAGCAAUGGCAGACACACCAACCAAAGAUGCUCCAGCUACUGCUGAACCUGUUGUAGAGGCAGCCGCAGCUGCUACAGUUGAGGCUCCAAAGGAAGAGGCUCCAAAAGAGGAGACUCAAAAGGAAGAAGCUACAAAAGAAGAGACUCCAAAAGAAGAGGUGCCAGUUGAACCUGCAGUAGAGGCUCCAAAGGAGGAGACUCCUAAAGAAG